AUGCUAACUCGUGUUGCUCUCCAGAACCCGUACGACCUCCUCGGCAACGAGGAUGGUGAUGCCGCCGCUGCUGCUCCGGUGAAGACCGCCAAGGCCGACGCUAAGGCCGCCCCGGCCCGUCGUACUGGUGCUUCCGGCAACGAGGCCGCUUUCCGCGACCGCAACGCUGGUGCUGACCGCAACCGGAGCAAGCCCACUGACGAGGCUUCCCGUGGUGGUGCCCGUGGUGGCUCGGCUGCCCGCGUCCGCGGCGGCCGUGGCGGCCGCUUCCCGCGCGACCGUGACGACCGCCACUCCAAGGGUCUGCCUGGCGCAACGGAGAAGCACGCCGGCGGUAACACCGAGGGCGAGUCCGAGAAGCGCGACGAGGAAGCCGGCGAGGCCAUCGCCAAGUCCGACGAGAAGGCUGCCGCCAACGAGGACGCCGCUCCCGAGGAGGAGGCCGAGCCCGAGGAGAAGCAGCUCUCCUACGACGACUACCUCGCCCAGCAGGCCGAGAAGAAGCUGGCCAUUGACGGCCCGCUGGCCGUCCGCCAGGCCAACGAGGGCACCAAGGCCAACAAGCAGUGGGCCGCUGCCAAGGCCCUGGUCAAGGACGACGACGAGGAUUUCAUUGCCGGCGGCGGCGGCAAGACCAAGCGCGAGCGUGAGCGCAAGGUCAAGCAGGUCGUCGAGAUCGACCAGCGCUUCGUCGAGCAGCCCGAGCGCACUCGUGGCGGCUUCCGUGGCGGCCGUGGUGGCCGUGGCGGCGAACGUGGCGACCGCAGCGAGCGCCCUGAGCGCGGCGACCGUGCCGAGCGUGGCGACCGCCCUGGCCGUGGCGGUCCCCGUGGCGGGCCCCGUGGUGGUGCCCGCGGCCGUGGCGAGCCCCGUGGUGCGCCCCGUGGCGGUGCUCCUCGUGGCGCCCCCCGUGGUGGUGCGAACCUCAACCCCAAGGACGAGAGCGCCUUCCCCAGCCUGGGCAGCUAG